GUAUUAAGUAUGCAUGAUUUUAAGGCUUCAUAGUUUUAAAUAAUUGUGGCAUGUCAGUGAACAACACUUCCCCAACUAUAAGUGUGUCUAGUUCUGUUUCCAUUGGAGAACCAUAUUCAAGCAACAGUGAAAUGCUCACAGCUGGGAAUGCCAAGGUGUCCAUUGCACCACCUGUUGUAUACCAAGCUAUACAUAAGCUGCCCCAGACAACAAUCUCAACUGGUGGCUCUACUCCAUUGAUCCAGGAACCAUUGUUCUCUGGUUCAAAGCAGAGUUUUUCCUCGACAUCAAAUUCUGUUACUGCUAGUAGUACAGUUUUAGUUACUGUUGCACCAAAGCAAAUGAUUCAAGCUGGUUCAAUCAUAAACUUGGCCCCGGCUACUGGGACAAGUAUUCCUGCAGCAAAACCUUACGGCAAACAUCAGUUGCCAGUCCGUGCAAUACCAGUUGCUGGUAUUUCCCACGUUGCACCUAAAACCAGUGCAGGAGAUGCAGCAUCUGUAACCACGGCCUUUAUUGACCCUGGUGGUGGUUACAGCACAAAGACUCUUCCGGUUCAGACAACCCUAAUAUCUCCAGCCAUCAAGCCAAGCAAAGCGCAACCAAUACUGAUGGCUCCUGGUUUAAGAAGUCCAGCCCCUUCAACAGUAAAGCUUCAGCAGACUGUGUAUGCUCCUAAUGCAUACCACUCAUACCCUGUACCUGCACAAACGCAUACCAGCAAUGCUUCUCUGUCCAAACCUGCAGUCAUUUCAGUAACAACACCAAAGGUGCAACCAGGCAUACAAAUCCCGGUGCGGUCCAUCUAUCAUGGUAGAACUGCAAAUCCAAGCUCGAGUACUCAUGAUCCAAGCACCAUACGAAGGUCAAGUAAUGUAUUAUACCAACCUACCACCACAAUCAGCAUAAGUGUACCAGCAAGACCGAACUCCCAUUUCGAGCCACCAACCUCCGUUCUACAGAUACCAGCUGCAUCUGGAAGAACAACAUGCUCACAUGGAGUGAAACCAUUGUAUCAGAUUGGUCUUGCUCCCCCCCUCACCACAGCAGCCAGCACUAAACACCAAAAGUUAAUUGUAGCUCACCAACCGACUUCCACUGUCUCUGUCACAGUGUCAAGCAAUCAAAAUGCUCCGUUCAACACAAGUGCAUCCUCAGUUAACGCAACAUCCGUUACUGCAUUCACAUACUCCCCAGCAUCAUCUCGGCUCGCACCAAAUUCAUUCAUCACUUCAUCUUCUGUACCUGUCGCAAAAGUCUACCCUCAACAACCCCCACAAAGGGUUCACACACUGCAGCCUUCUGUAAGUGGUAUCUCUGCUCAUGCGCGACCGGCAGAAUUCAGCAUCCCAACCACAAUCCGGCAAGCCAGUGUUGCCAUGACUACCACCCAAUCAUCUGUAUCUCGUUCCGCUGUUGUAACAACUGUUGCUUCAACAAGGCCUCAAAACCAACCAGUCAUUCCUUCAAUGUUAUACUGGCAACAACCAGGCAUUAACAUCAACAUACCAUACGCUGCAACCCCUAACCCAUCAUAUGGAUUCAGACCUGCUGUUACAAGUGUUCCUGCUUCACAAUUCCGAAUUAAUCAAAAUUUGCUGGUGAUGGAAACGGCUGCAUCAGGUGCCAGCUCACAAAGUGUUACAACAUUUUCGCAAAGUGGUCAACCUAUGUCUUCCGUUUCAAUAAACACGAUACCGAACGACCAACCACGUGGCCCCCCUUCUGCUUCCCACCAACCCCACAUGUCACCUAAACCUGCCAUACUGAGGAGACCUGCAAGAAGUGAAACCAGUGUCAGCAAGAAGCUCACGUUAAACAGCACCGAUGUCCACCGUGUUGGAGGUCCCAUAUCUCCCAUUAAAAUGGAACACAGUGUAAAAGAAAAUGGGAAUGUUGCCCCUAAAAAACGUUUUGUUUCAAAUGAGUUAAUUUAUCCGACGCCAAUCAUUAAACCAGUUAUUCCUGGUCAAGUGAAUCUGCUCAAGCCAAUAGUAACAAGCAACGGCAUUACAACUAUAUCUAGAAUACCAAAAAUAAACAAACCGUCCACAGAAUUCAUCACCACUAACUACAUGAAGACCACAGUUCCAAGUGAUAAAGAUCCAAAUGUGAUACAAAUCGGUCGCCACACGCAACAAACUAUAGGUGAAAUAAAGAUCAAAAAUGAAGUCAAUUUUCCUCACUCUGGUACAGUGCCAAACCACUUGCUGCAUUCCCACUUCCAUUCAGUUGUGAAGAAGGAGCAACCUUCUAAGUUACAGGAGGAGUCGAGAGUCCAAGUGUUCCAGGAUGUUGCUGCAGUUUAUACAGUUGCCUCCACUUCCAACUAUCCAACAGUUCAUCAACAGCAAGCCACCAAUCGAAGUGCCUUCCCUCAUCCGAUGGGAACACACAGGCAGACAGAGCCUGUUCUCCGGACUCUUAGGAACAUUAAACCAGAGCCGAAUCCCACUGUAACCGGAGUAAAACGAGAUUAUGAUAAGAUCUCUGCGUUUCCUAUGGAUAAGAGCAGGGAUCCAGGGAAGCAGAUCAUGCAUCCUUCUAUCCCCGCAUCACUGGCUGAUCCUGAUCCUUCAGUUGGUUUGUCACCAAGGAAGAAACCACGGAAGCAAACUCACAUUGUGGCAAAAGAACUUCCGGACACCGAGCAAGUGGUGGAUGAUGAGAUGUCAACAGAUGAUGCAGAUGAGUUUGAGGAUGAGCAACCUCUCAUCUCAAUGAUGAACAAUGAAGCCAAUGCCGCAAUCAAACUUGAAGGUUCAAACAAAGCAAAGAACCGAUUGUUUUACUUCGAUAAGCAAGAAGCAAUAAAAAAGGUGGAAGAGGAAAAAAUUAAACCCAAACAAGAAUACACAGAUGCAGAAGGCAUAAGGUACAUCCAAGUGCGUAAGAGGCCGCCCAUAUCUUUACUAAACGGCCACCGAACGAAGCCAGUGAAUAAUCAUUUCACCCAUUAUAGUGAUGUCAAAGUAAAAGAAACCAAAACUUCUUUACACAAUCCAUGCUUCAACGUGAAGCGACUGAAAGGCUGGAAAAUAGCGCAGUUGGCUCUUCAAUUGGACGAACUGGCGCUACUAGAUGUUGACAUCCUACGCCGUAUUUCGACGAUCAAAGACGGCCUUCUUCAGCAUGCAGUUCAUCCUGCCGGGAACGGGAUUAAGGCGGCUGAGACCGGUUGUCUUUCUCCAGCGCAUACUGGUCAAGGCAGUUGCCUCGCUUGCCCUAUAACGCCUUCUGUCAACACAAACAAUCUAACUUACACCCCGACCAACUUCGGCAAAACACUAAGCAAUAACAGUGAAGGUGCUUCUGGUCCCACCACGCCCACCAUUACACCUGUUGAGCGGAAAGCCAACAGAAUUCGGGAGGACAUCUUUAAAAUUGAAGAAAUGGCUCAGGCGAACAUACAGCGCAGUAACGUGAUGCAAGAGCAACUGAGCGAAGCCAAGACUGCUGUGAUGAAAGCGCUCGACCAUCACACGCUAGUGAGUAAAGUGGUCGAGAUGGGAAGGCAAGUGCAGAGGCCCAAAACACCAUCCUCGUCGUCUUCGUCGCGGUCUGCGAAGAAGAAAAAGAGCUAGCUGACUUAAAAGGUUCGGAUCAACUCCGAAGUGUCAUGCGCCGCGCGAGUUACGGAAACGGUCUCAUACCGAGGCUAGGCGAGCCCCCUGUUCCGUGGAAGCGCUUUCUAACCAACUUCUACUGCUUUUAACGACACUCUGCGAGACGCAGCAGUAUUACCUUCGGUUUGCCAUGCGACUUUCGGGGGUCGCGCGUCCCUCGUUUGAAACCGGACGCCUUGCUCUUAACGAGAAAAUCCCUUCACGAAAUUGCACUAGACUCCUAAACCUAUCUCAGCAUCUCACAACGAACACGACGGCCAAGUGCAAUCUACCAGUGAGAUACCACACCUGAAACUUGGUUUUUCCGACCCUGCACGAACCGUUACCUUGUCGCUCGUCGACCACAGACUACGUCCUUAUAAAUACAUGCUGCUACUUCCAGGCCUUCAUUUAUAACAGCACCAAACAAAAUAUCUCGUAUAACGUUUUCGAUGACUUUCACUUUUCACUCCUAUUGUUAGUAAGUAUUUUUUCCUUACUUCAAUAGUUUGUACUAGCGUAGAAACUUGAAGAUUUUUAGCAAAAGAAUAACUUUGCAUGGAUUUUACAAAGUUUCAUGCACCCCUACCAUUGCGUCAAAGUAUAUUUUGAGUAUUUAAACGUAGUCUUUUUGUACAUAAUGUCACAGUUUCUAAUAUUGUGCGCUUUUGCUUUUUUUAAUUUCCUCUUUUGUAUUGCCGCGUUGAAAAGCUACUAAGGUUCAAGAUGUCGUACAUGGUGAACACCAAUAGCCUAAUAAACCUUCGCCAAGAUAGAGAGCCUA